AUGCCUCCUAAAGCCGAUGGAGGAAAGGCUGUUAUGUCUAACGACACGUUUCUGGCUGCUUGUAUCAAGCAUGGCAAAGAAAAGCUAGCUGUCAACUUCGAUACCCUCGCCAAAGACCUGAACAUGAGCGCAGGCGGUGCAGCCAACAAGUUCCGCAACAUUAUGAAGCAGUUCGAGAGCGAAGGUGCAGCAUGGGCUAACAAAGACACCGCCACUGCCUCUCCCAAGACAAAGACCACUGCCAGCACUAAGCGUAAGGCGACUUCUAAGAAAGACGAGAUAGAAGGCGAGGACAGCGGUGAAGGACAGUCGGAAGAGCCAUCCAAGAAGAAGGCUAAGGGUAAAGGCGGAAAGACAAAGGCGGCUGCUGCUGUCGAUGGCGAAGAAAAUGAUGCUGCUGAUGAGAAGAAGCCUAAGGUGAAAGGAGCGAAGGCAAAGUCUGCAGCAGGGAAUGGCACUACUGCUACCGGAGGCCCGAAGAAGGGAGGCAAGAAAAUCGCUCCGAAAGUCAGCAAAGAAGAUCAAGCCUUCGACGAACCGCUCAUCAAAGAAGAAGAGGAAGGCAAUCAAGCCGAUGACGAGAUCGACGACGAAGCCGACUCUGCCAUCAAGGCCGAAGACAACGAUGAGGAUGCAUGA